AACUUAAUUUUAAAUUCGAUAUAGACCAACGUGAAAAAUGAAAUAGAAGAAUUGUGCAUUUCCAUGAGGUAAACAGAUGUUGUCUUUAUUUAACGUUUCUAUUUUAAUUACUUUAUUUCACAGUGGUUUUAGAUUCAUACUAAAUGUUUAACUUCCUCCAGUCCACUGAUGCGCUGCCCCAAUUCACCCUUCUGUCUCUGGCUUAUUGGUUUGUGUGGUGGAAGCUUUGCUCCAAUAAAACCCGCUGCUGUACAAAAAGAUCUACUCCCUCCCCAUCCUCUCUCUGCACAGAGGGUUUUGCUUAGACACCGCCAGCAGCGAACGGUUCGUUCGAACACCCAUUUUGGAUCAGAUAUUGUUAAUUUACAUCUCAUGAUGCGUACAUUUGGAUUUUCUUGGAGCGCGAAAGUUUCCUUAUUGGUGGAUUUCCAUGUCGGAUCAGUUUUUCUAUAAUAUUUCUGUGGAAACAAACAUGCAGUAACGGACCUGGGAUGACAAAGACAAUGGAUUACCGAGACUGGGGAUGGAUGGCUCUCCGGUGGCAUUAUUUCUUCCUCUUGUGGAGUCUAGCAAACGCACAGACUCGCUACAGCAUCCCAGAGGAGCUGGAAAACGGCUCCCUGGUUGGAAGCCUGGCCAAAGAUCUGGGAUUGGGACUUUCGGAUAUAUUUGAGCGUAAGCUGCGUGUCGCCUCUGAGGCUGGUGAGCAGUAUUUCAGCGUGGAUGCGGGGAAGGGCGAGCUGCUGCUAAAUGACCGGAUAGACAGAGAGGCUUUGUGUGGACAAAGCGCGAGCUGCGUUCUACCUCUGCAGGUUGUGGUGGAAAACCCGCUGCAGUUACACAGAAUAGAAGUCGAAAUAAAAGACGUCAACGACAACGCUCCCACUUUUCUCAAAACGGAUCACGUAAUAGAAAUAGCCGAAUCCACCGUUGUAGGUGUCCGUUUUCCGCUCGAGAUGGCAGAGGAUCCCGACGUUGGUAGUAACGGGUUAAAAACCUAUUCACUCAGCAAAGACGAGUGCUUCUCUUUAAAAGUUAAAGAAAUUGAAAAUGGGAGAAAAAUUCCCGAGCUGGUAUUAAAUAAAUCAUUAGAUCGGGAGAAAAGGGCGAGUCAUAAUUUAGUUCUUACAGCCAUGGAUGGAGGUAAUCCUGUUAGGACCGGAACUUCCAAAAUAACCAUUAAUGUGCUGGACAUAAACGACAACGUUCCACAGUUUGAAAACGGCUUUUAUAAAGUUGCUGUCAAAGAAAACAGUGAAAACGGUUCUUUUGUUAUUACGACCAAAGCAACAGAUGUAGAUGAGGGUCCAAACGGAGAGAUCGAGUAUUCUCUUGGUGUUCACACACCACCAGCAGUUCUGUUCUUGUUUCAUAUAGAUGUGGUAACCGGAGAUGUUUAUUUAAAACAACAAUUAGACCACGAAAUGCAGGCAUCUUAUCGAAUAGAUAUUAGUGCAAGAGACAAAGGGCUGCCUAAAAUGGAAGGUCACUGCACCGUGCAGGUGGAUGUGUUGGAUAUAAAUGAUAAUGCUCCUGAAAUAAUACUGACUUCUAAAUCCACCUCUGUCCCUGAAGACUCCCGCAGCGGGACUGUGGUUGCUUUGCUCAGUGUGCGUGAUCUUGAUUCAGGUGAAAACGCUAGAGUAACCCUGCAGCUCCCCAAAGGUUCCCCGUUUACACUCAAACCAUCUUUUUCCAAUAAUUAUGCUUUAGUGACGAACAAUCCUUUAGACCGUGAGAAAUACCCAGAGUUUAAAAUAGAGAUAACAGCGACGGACUCAGGCUCUCCUCCACUGUCCAGUAAGAAAACUGUAGUUGUCAGCAUCACUGAUGUGAAUGAUAACGCACCUGUGUUCUCUCAGCCCUCCUAUAACGUGUAUCUAAAGGAGAACGGAGUACCAGGUUCUAUUCUGUACUCAGUAUCAGCAUCUGAUCCGGAUUCAGGAGAAAACGCAAAGAUCUCUUACUCCAUCCUGGACUCGAAAGUCCAGGACGUCUCUGUCUCAUCUUAUGUUUACAUGAACUCAGACAACGGCAGCAUCUACAGCAUGCACUCGUUUGACUAUGAGAAGCUGAAGGUGUUUCAGAUUGUGGUCCAGGCAAAGGAUCAGGGCUCUCCGUGUCUCAGCAGCAACGCUACAGUCCAUGUUUUUAUCCUGGACCAGAACGACAACGCUCCCGCUGUUAUUUACCCCUCCUCCGCUGCCCUGGGCUCCCUCUCUCACCAGAGGAUGCCCCGCUCCGCUAAGGCGGGUCACCUGGUUACCAAGGUGACGGCGGUGGACGCUGACUCGGGACACAACGCCUGGAUCUCCUACAGACUGGCGGAGGCCACGGCCACCUCUCUGUUCACCGUCAAUCAGUACACAGGAGAGGUGAGGACUAAACGCGCUGUGUCCGAGCAGGACGAGUCCUCUCAGAGGCUGCUGAUAGAGAUCAAAGACGAUGGAGAACCGCUCCAGUCCGCCACCACCACGGUGUCCAUCCUGCUGGAGGACGGUCUCCAUGAGCCCAUGUUAGAGCUCCGACACAAAGCGUCCGAGCCCAGCAAGAAAACUGGCAGAAUCACCCUUUACCUGAUCCUGUCUCUGGCCUCGGUGUCCGUGCUGUCUCUGGUCACGUUUCUCAUCUUAGCGGUUAAAUGCAUCAGGAGCAGCAGGAGCAGCGGGAGCUGCUGCAUCAGACGGAGCGACUGUGAUGAUUACAAGAAGCCCAACAGGAACCUGCAGAUUCAGCUCAACACUGAUGGACCCAUAAAGUACGUGGAGGUCCUGGGAGGAGACAUGAUGUCCCAGAGUCAGUCCUUCAGGUCCUGCAUGUCUCCCAUGUCAGAGUACAGCGACUUUACUCUGAUUAAACCCAGCAGCACCACAGACUUUAAAGAAGUCAUCAGCGUUCUGGAUGCGUCUUUACCCGACAGCACCUGGACCUUUGAGAGCCAGCAGGUGAGCAGGAAAUGAAAUAAGUUUAAAGUUUUUCUGCACGAAUUUUAAUUCAAUUUUUAGUGACUAAAAUAUCUUCAAAAUAUAAAAAAAUCUGUCAAAUAUUUAUUUUUGUUCAUGUUUUAUAUUCCUUUUAUUUCAUUUUAUUUUUCUAAAUAAUCACUGAUUUUUGGCGACGUGCUUUGAGUAGUAUCAACAUAAGUACACACACACACACACACACACACACACACACACACACACACAC